AAGGGACAAGAGAAAGGCAUGCUCAGUGCGCAUGCCCCUGCAGCCGACGGCGGUUUCUUUUGAACCUUCCUCAUGGAGUUCACCGACGGCCCGCCGCGUUGUGCCCGGCCUGUCUUGACAGGUGUUGUAGCCUAUGUUGAAGUAUGGUCAUCCAGCAGAACAGAAAACUACUCUAAAAGUUUUACUCAACAACUUAUUGAUAUGGGAGCAAAAGUUUCUAAGACUUUCAACAAGCAAGUGACUCACGUAAUCUUUAAAGAAGGACUCUCCUCCACAUGGAAUAGAGCUCAGAAGGCUGGGAUUAAACUAGUAUCAGUGCUUUGGGUUGAAAAAUGCCGAGAAGCUGGAGCACACGUUGAUGAGUCACUGUAUCCUGCAAUAAAUACUAAUGAAGGGUUACCUCAAUUUUUUAAAAAGCACAAAUGCAUGCAGCCCAAAGACGUUGUUAGAAAAGCUCCAGAAAAUGACAGGAGACUGCAAAAAAGGAUCGAUGUUCUGACUAAAGAGUUAGCUAUGCAAAAAGCAGCAACAGAAACAGAUGCACCGGUUUUGUUAUUUAAAGAUGAUGGUUCAUUAGUCUACAGCCCAGCAAGUAAAAUAAAGUAUCAGUGCAGAGCAAUGGAGAAAAGAAUAAAAGAAAUGAAGGAGAAAAGAGAAAAUCUUUCCCCUACUGGUAUGAUUCUAUGUUUUCUUGUGAUUUGUGAAAGGGCAAAAAUUAUUUUACUUUUUUACUCUUCAAACAAGAACCUGAAAAAGGAAUCUAGCAAAUGUGUGCCUGAAGUUGAAGGAGCCAGAGAAGUGCUAGGCAGUUCUCCAGACGCAGGUGACUCCAAACACACAACUCUGAAAGAAUCUAGUGGCAAACAUUUAAGAAAUACACUUUGCUUGGAAGAUGGCUUGCUUCCCACAAUGGCGAAAGCUGAAAUGUCCUCUGCAGAGAAACACAGUGAAAUGAAGGAUUGCUUUACAGCUAAGACUGGAAGUCACCUUUUCCAGACAAACAAUGACUACAGUCUGUCUUCAGAAAAACUGGACCACUUGGAAUUUGCUGAAAGUAGCAGCAACUGUCACAUAAAUACAGAAAGUGAGCUACCUAAUCAAAAUCUUUCUCUGGUAACAACUGAAUGUUCUUCCACUGGCAGAAAGCCAAGGAAACCAAGGAGGAGAUCAAGUAUUGGAUUGAAUACCUCGGUAAUACGUGAGAGUGAUUCUCAGAAUGACUUCUUGAAAUCAGUGCUCACACCCGUUAAGUGUGCUAAAGACCAAGAUACUUCUUUUGAAGAUUAUUUUUCACCUUCUAACGGUAAUAAGCAUAAAAGUAGAGUUAGCCUUCCUUUUCAAUGCCUGCAGAAAUCACAGAGUCCUGAGCCAGUGUUGCAAGGGUCAAGUAAAACCACUGCAGUAUGUAGCAAAAAGAGGAAAAGGGUGGCUGAGAUUAAUGAGAAUACUACAAGUAGUGACUGCAUGCUGUCUGUACUCCCUUGGAGUAAAGAAAGUGAAACUUUAAAGUGCAUGUCAAAAAGGACAAAAGGAGACACUGAAGAGACCCCAGACUGUCUUCCAAAGCCCAGCAUUCAGGAAAAAAAUUCCACACCCAAUAUAAAUAGAUGCUUUCCCACAACUGGUAAGUUGCUUCAAAGAAUGAACAUCCAGAGGUAAAACCCUGUAAGCUACUUAAAAGCAUUUGAGAAUCUUCAUUCUGAAGUGUAGAUUGAGAGAGAUUUGUUGUUGUUGUUGAGAACACAUAUUGGUGGAAGAAGACUUCCGUAUACAUGGUAUCAAUAUUUUGAGUGGGGAAAACGGCAACAGAAAAUACUUUUUAGAGGCCUAGAUUUGGAAAACAAAUGGAGUGAGAAUAAGAGGCUUUUUGAUAGUACUCCAUAAAUGUUUUUGUAACCUCAUUGUUACAAAAUCCACUCCACCAGCCCGGUAGUCCAGCUCUGGCACAGAAAUAGGGCCUGAUCCUGUGGACCCUCCAACAAAAUAGGGGGUGGGAUUUGGAUGCAUCAAUAUUGUGCCCCUGGAGCUUUCUGCAGGUUCCGUGAGGUUUUGCUGUCUACAUGAAGU